UCUAGUUAGAAAAAACGCCUUGCAAAAUCUUGUCCAAAUGAUGUGAACUUAAGGGUUGGGUUUAAUUCUUGCCUGUAGCUUUUACCUUUAGCCUAGAGAACGGCUCACUUUGCAAAAAUGCAUCGCAUUUUUUCAACUCAUGGUGUGCGAUUGCUGCGAUCAUUGUCCUUGGAAUUUCGCCUCCCACGGCCAUUAUCAAAUCGUGCGGUUUUCUUCCCUCGGCGUUCAAGGGGGAUCACCUCAUCAUUUCCUUAUGAGAGAAGGAACUUUUCUAAACACAGCGAUACUCCAGCUUCGUCAGAUGUAGACGAUGAGCACCCAGAGAGUGCAGAAAUACUACAGGAUCUACGAGCUCGUCACCAUUACCAUCACGACAUAGAUGCGGGGAAACUUCACGAGGUCUACGUUGUAGAACCCGAUUUUAAAUGGGGAAGAAAUCGCUUCCGAGCCGUCUCGAGCCAGCAUCGACUAGAUGAAGCAUGUGCACUGGUGGAUUCGAUCGAAAGCUGGAAGGUUGCUGGCAGAAGUAUAGAAUCUGUGAGAAGGGUGGACAGAAAAACAUUGUUUAGAAAAGGAAAGAUCGAGGAGCUCAAUGAAAGAUUUAGAGAACUGAAAAAUUCUUCUUCUCCCUUUGACAGUGUAUUAAUUGAUGUUGAUCGGCUCCAUAACUGGCAACAUACACAGUUAGAAAACAUUUGGGAUGUUAAGGUCUAUGACAGGUUUGGUGUGGUGUUGCAAAUUUUCAAGGAGAGAGCCAAAACUGCAGAGGCAAAGAUUCAGGUGGAAUUAGCAGAAUUACCUUACAUCAGGUCAAGAUUGGUACAUACAGGGGGUUUUGAUCAGCAGAGAGGUGGAACAUACACCAUAGGAGGAUCUGGAGAAACAAUCCUAGAAAAGCAGCGAAGGAUCUUAUUUGAACGUGAAAUAAGACUGAAAAAGAAGUUACACGCCAUCAGAAAGCAGCGUGAACAUGUUAGGCAUGAGCGACAAAAGAAACAUAUACCUACUGUUGCAGUGGUUGGUUACACCAAUGCAGGUAAAACCACUUUGAUUAAGUCAUUGACAGAUGAAGCUAAGAUGCAGCCUGAAGACAAGCUCUUUGCAACUCUUGACGUGACAGCACAUCCUGGGAAACUGCCGUCAGGCAUGACUGUUCUCUUUAUUGACACAGUUGGAUUUGUGUCUGACCUGCCACCAGAACUUGUGGAGUCUUUUUCUGCAACAUUAGAAGAUAUUUUAGAUUCUGAUUUAGUUGUACAUGUGCGUGAUGUUAGUCAUCCAGAAUGUGAGGCGCAACUCGAUGAUGUCAUGACAGUUCUUGAGAAACAACUUGUCAUUAAGGGACCUUUGAUAGAAACCAUGAUAGAGGCACAGAAUAAGAUUGAUCUUUGCGAUGACAAGGGAUUGCAAGUUAGAUCCGGCGUAUUUAGCGACAGACAGACCAAGAUAAGUGCGUUAAACAAAACAGGCUUGAGUGAGCUCCGUGCAAUGAUCGAGAAAGGGAUCAUAGCAUCAACAGGGAGACAGAUCAAGAAACUUGUAUUUCCUCCAGAUGGACCACAGCUUAGCUGGCUUUACCAUGAGACAACAGUUCAGGACACAUCAGCCGACGAGGAAGGAAAUAUUGUUGCUACAGUGGUCAUGGAUGAGGCAGCGAGAAAAAAAUACCAAGCAAAGUUUGGCAAGAUUGAUUAAAGGCCUGAAAAAUGCCCGCCAUCUUUGUUUUAAAUGGCAGCGGAAAUUUUGUACCAAGGGGAUGAGUGACGGUCAAAAAUGAGAAGAGGGGCUGGGGUGGGGAGUGAAUAUUACUUCUGGCCCUUCCCCUGCCCUUUACCUCCACCGUCCACUCUGACUCCAUUUUAAGACUUAAAUGACAAAAACCUCCAUACUUGACGUUGAUUAUGACAUUCACUCAGAUUGUCCAAUGAAUGGGCACUGUCGACAUCUUCAGCCCUCUAUUAAGAACAGCCCUCGAUUGGACGGUCAGACGUCGCAAACAACAGAGAAUAUUAAGUCAUCCAUUUUCUUUUUCAAUGUACGUUUUUAAUGUUUCUCCUUUUGAGGUAAAAAACGUGUAUUUAGUUAUUA